CAUUAGACUUCUUCUCAAGUCCUCUCAAAGUAGAUAGUAUAUAAAACCUUUGAAUCAAAAGGGUAUAGGAGGGAGAAAUUUAAACAAAAAUUGACAAAAUAUGAAGGGUCACAACACCCACAAAAGAUCCCUUAAUCAUCUCAUUUCCGAUAGAACACGGCUAAUCGCGAUCGGUACAUUAUUCGGGUUCAUCAGUGGCGCCAUCUUAAUGUCGGCCCUAUCCGGGCCUAUUGGCGGGUGGCCGUCUAAUCAAUAUUCUCUCUCCUCCUCCAGCUCGGCCGCCACGCCGAUCCAACUAAAGGCGAUCCUACACUACGCCACGUCAAAGGUAGUCCCACAACAAUCUCUAAAGGAGGUGACAGAGUCCUAUAACGUACUCCAAUCGCUAGGCUCAUGCAACUUUCUUAUAUUCGGGCUGGGCCAUGACUCCCUCAUGUGGGCCGCACUUAACCCGAAUGGAACCACACUCUUCUUAGAAGAGUCACCCGAAUGGGUCACCACCGUUUUAAAAACCGCCCCGUUUCUAAACGCCGAAACGGUGCCGUACCGAACGAGGCUCGAAAACGCCGACAAGCUACUCGAAACUUACAAGGAUGAGCCCGACUGCAGGCCCGAACGGGCCUUCUUGAGGGGGAACAAGCAUUGUAAGUUGGCAUUGGAGAAUCUACCGAGUGAGGUGUACGAUAGAGAGUGGGACGUGAUCAUGAUCGACGCGCCGCGAGGAUACUCACCGGAACACCCGGGGAGGAUGGCGGCGAUAUACUCGGCGGCAGUGAUGGCGCGUGAGAGGAAACGCGAGGGGAAAACACAUGUUUUCUUACAUGAUGUUAAUAGGAAAGUGGAGGAAAAGUUUGCAAAAGAGUUUUUGUGCAUGAAGUAUAGAGUUGGUAGUGUUGGAAGGUUGUGGCAUUUUGAGAUCCCAUCUCUUGGAGAUGUUAAUAAUGGUGGUAGUAUCACUAAUUUUUGUUAAAGGGCUAGUUAAUUAAUUGUUAUAUUUGAAAUUAAAGAAAAUAAAUAUACUUGAAUUUUUUCCAUAUGUUUGGCUUUAUGCCUUUAUGGCUUAGAGCAUUAUACUAGUAGCAUUUGUUGUUCUUUAUUUUUUGUGAAAGCAAUAU